GCUAAUGAACCGGAAAAGCGGAAGACUUGUCAUAUUGCAAUUUCUCAGCUUCGAAACUAAACCUAAUCAGAGUUGCUAGUUUCCUCCCAGAUUCGUGUUUCAGCUCCAAGGUUUUCUUGCGUGCUCUUUUGCUCCAAGUCAGUACUAUUUAUUAGCGAUGGCGGAUGAAGAACCCGUUGAUCAGAAAAGGUAUCUCGAAGAAGCUUGCAAACCCAAGUGUGUGAAGCCACUACUUGAAUAUCAGGCGUGCGUGAAGAGAAUCCAAGGGGAUGACAGUGGUCAUAAGCAUUGCACUGGACAAUAUUUUGAUUAUUGGUCUUGCAUUGACAAAUGUGUUGCACCAAAAUUAUUUACAAAACUAAAGUAAUGGAGAGUUGUUAGGGAUGUGGGGAUCCUAUCCUUUUGCUUGCAGCAUUUUUCUGAUUUUUUAUGCAAUGUCGUUUUGUGGACUUGAUUUUUGCAUCUACAAAAAAUGCCAAGGGCUGUGCAAUUUUAUAAAAACUAUGAUAGACCUUUAACCAUGGUCAAUAAGAAAGGAUCUUGGAUUCACUUUUGGAGCUUGUGAAAACUUCGUCCUUGAAUUUUAUGAUUGCUUUAUAUAAGCAUUAGUGAUCGAUUGAAUCCAGUAGUAAUUUCAGAAAACAAAUGUUUAGCAACAUUGUACCAUGUUGAAUUUGCUGUUCCCCCUUGGUUUAUCAAAUGGCCGUGUAGUUUGAGACUAGGUAGCCGAUUGAGGUUCAAUUUGGCAGAAGUAGAUGAUCCCUUUUUGUUCUAAUACUUUUGUAUUAGAUAACAUGUUUCAUCUUGAAAUUAAUUGGUAAUGAGAAAAAUAGUUCAUGUAUCUUGUAAACAA